UCCUUCAGGCUGUUUGCGAGCCUGCGUGUUCCCGACAAUGGCGGCUGCGUCCGGUUCAGUUGGCCUUCCGCGGUGUCUGGUGUCGCCGGCUGGGAGGCACAGCGCCUCUCUGAUCUUCCUGCACGGUUCAGGUGAUUCUGGACUAGGACUGAGAACAUGGAUCAAACAAGUUUUAAAUCAAGAUUUAACAUUCCAGCACAUAAAAAUUAUUUAUCCAACAGCUCCUAGCAGGCCAUAUACUCCUUUGAAUGGAAGCAUCUCUAAUGUAUGGUUUGACAGAUUUAAAAUAUCUAAUGACUGCCCAGAACACAUAGAAUCAAUUGAUAUAAUGUGUAAAGUGCUGUCUGGUUUGAUUGAUGAGGAAGUAAAGAGUGGCAUCAAAAAAAACAGGAUAUUAAUAGGAGGAUUUUCCAUGGGCGGGUGCAUGGCGAUGCAUUUAGCAUAUAGAAAUCACCAAGAUGUGGCAGGAGUAUUUGCUCUUUCUAGUUUUCUGAAUAAAGGAUCUGCUGUUUAUGAGGCUCUUAAGAAAAGUCAUGGUGUCCUUCCUGAAUUAUUUCAGUGUCAUGGAACUGCAGACGAGUUAGUUCUUCAUUCUUGGGGUGAAGAGACAAACUCACUGUUAAAAUCUCUAGGUGUAAGCACAAGAUUUCAUAGUCUUCCAAAUGUUUACCAUGAGUUAAACAAAACCGAGUUAGAAAAACUAAAGUCAUGGAUUCUUACGAAACUGCCAGGAGAAAUGGAAAGGCAAAAUGAAUGAAUCAAGAUCAGUUUCUUAGUGGAUAUGUCAUGUCUUUGUAAAAAGUAGUUUUUAUUGCCAAUUAUAAUGAUACAAGAAAUAACUACUGGCUGGUUUAUAUAUUAUCACAAUGGCUAGCACCAUGGAGAGAAACAUAAUCUUACUAAUAGGAAACAUUAAUUUAGACAAUCAUCUGUGCAUUAUUUUCAGAUACAUUUUUAUAAGUAUUUGGAGACCCUUUUAAGUAUUUACUAAUUCAACAUUUUAAAAUAGUAUCAAUAAGAGCAGGGGUAGGCAUUUGGCACAACAGUUAAGAUGCCCACAUUCCAUAUCGGAAUGCCUAGGUUUGAGUUCCAGCUUCACAACCAAUUCUGGCAUCCUGCUGAUGCACACACUAAGGAGGUAGCUGAUGAUACAGCUCAAGUAUUUGGGUCCCUGCCAUCCAUGUUUCAGACCUGGAUUGAGUUCCAGGUUCUUGGCUUCAGCCUUGCCCACCUCCAUCUGUUGCAAGCAUUUCUGCUUGAACCAACAGAUGGAAGACUUCUCUCUCUCUUUCUCUCUCUCUCUCUUUUCCUCUUCAUGCCUUUAAAAUAAGAUGAAAACUAAUUUAUUUAUUGCAAUUUUUUUAAAAGAAAGGAGCUCAAAACCAGAUUAUCAAGGGCUGGGUAGUCUAUAAUGAGAACUUUAAAAAUAAGUAAGGGCAAUGAGAAAACAUGAAAGAAUUCAGCAUGUUGUGUUGUUAUCUUUCUUUCAAUUAUCAUUCCAAAGAUAUUUGUGUUUAUAUAGUUUUAUUAAAGUACUGUUGGGCACCAAAAAAUAUGUUGUGCCCAGAUCGUUAGAUCCCCGCAGAGACCCCCAGAGAGUCGAUCACACUGAACUGCAAAAGCGAGGUUUAUUUGGGAGUACAAGCCACGACAGGGACCCCAUCCAGCCAGCCGGCACAUCGGAGGAAGGAGUGAGGUCCUGGUCUUUGUUUGGGAGAGUUUUUAAAGGAAAAAAGAGCUACAUCAGCAGGAAAAAAGAGUUACAUACAGCAUGGAAGCUUUGGGUACAGGGAGUUACAGCGGGGGCUUAUAGCACGGAAGCUUUGGGCACAGGGAGUUACUUUGUUUAGCAAUCUCUACUGUGCUGUCCUUGGUCUACCGAGCUAGCUGUCCCUGGUAAGCUUUGACAUCUCUGGAAUGCCUGAAUGCCUGCUUUUACAAGGAUCCGGGUCUGCUAUGGGAAACAGAGCCUGCUUUUUUUUAUUGUUUUAAAAUGGAGUCACUUUGGUUCUUCAGUACCAUUAAUACUCCAGGUUUAUAAAGUUUUACUUUAUCUUACUUGAUCAUCACAAGAGCUUCAUGAAUAAGCUGGGUAAUGAUUAAUGUUUGGUAGUACAGGUAGAGGUGCUAAAAAAAAAAAAAAAAAACCUCACAGUGUCAAGAGGCACGACUAGAAUCCAGAGCUUCUCGUGCUCAAAGGACUCUCAUUCUGUUAAACCAGCUAGCUGCUGUGCUCCAGGUCUCAAUUUCAUCUGUAAAGUGAUAGUACCUACCUAUCCCACCUAUCCCAUGGGGUUGUUGUUGAGGUUUAAAUAAAAUAAACAGCCAAACCAAUACAUAAUGAGCACUCAAAUAUUAGCUGUAGGGUGGUCAUGAUCUAUUUCUAGGAAGACUUUGCAGAUAACGAAUGAAAAAUAAAAUUAUGUUUCUUAAUUGCAAAUGCUAUUGAUAUUGAUUGGUGAUCUCUUAUGCAUACAUAGUCUAAUUUUGUCCUGUUUGAUGCUCACAUCAAUUUUUUUAGGAUUGGUAAAAUAUGUAUCAUUCCCAUUUUACACAAAUGCAAUUGUGAUAUUUUCCUGCUUUCAUUCAAUAAAAUUAUUUCAAUUCAUA